AUGGCGACCGUGGCUCCUGCCGAUAUCUCGCAGACCCAUCCCUACACCUGCAACUCGUGUGCAGUCGCCUUCCGCAACAGUGAUGCCCAACGGACUCACAUGCGGAGUGACUGGCACAGAUACAACCUGAAACGCAGACUGGCCGAGUUACCUGCAGUUUCCUCCGAAGACUACAACGAAAAGGUUCUGGCUGCUCAGGCAAACAACAAUGCCGCCGCCGCCCAGGCUGCCUAUGCAAAAUUGUGUGCCACCUGCCAGAAGACAUACUACAGUGAAAAUGCAUUCCAGAACCACCUUGCAAGCAAAGCACACAAGACAAGAGAAGUGGCAUUGAGUCGAGGUUCAACACGAGACACAAAUUCCAUAAGUGGGUCCGACGUGCGGCGGUCAUUGUCCGCAGUGGGUUCGACAGCAGACUCAGAACCUCGAGAUCCAGUGGCGGAAGCCGAGUUCGAGCAAGUGGUUGCGGGAGUCAAAGAGACCUCCAUCCGAGACAUGCCUGAGAUCACACGGAGACCCUCGAACCCCCCACCAGACGCAGAGCCGCGAGAAGACCACCCCAUGUCUCCAGAGAAGGCCGAAAUCUCGUCGAUGCCGAUUUCGAGGUGUUUGUUCUGCAACUACGACUCUCCCAACCUGAAACUGAGCGUCAUGCACAUGACCAAGAUCCACGGUCUCUUUAUUCCCGAACAGAAUUAUCUGGUUGACCUGGAAGGUCUGAUUCGAUAUAUGCAAGCCAAAAUCCACCAAAAUUUCGAGUGUCUGUACUGCCACAGACUUAGAGGCAAUGCGGAAGGUGUGCAGACACACAUGAGAGACAAGGGUCAUUGCAAGAUCGCUUUCGAGACAGAGGAAGAGAUGGUCGAGGUCGGACAAUUCUAUGACUUUUCCAGCACAUACUCAGACGAUGGCGAAGAAGAGUUUGACGGGGAGAUGGAAGGAGUGAAAGCAGAACAGAACGGUGGAGUCAAACUGGAGGGCACAGCCGAAGACGGUGCAGAGGAUGGCUGGGAGACUGAUUCCUCCUUCUCCUCGCUCGACACCAAUGAACUCGCCUCUGUGCCGAAUGAUGAUCGAACACUAUCCUAUCAACGUCUUCCCUUGCACAGACAUCACUCCAACACCGACCCACGACCGCACCGGAAUGCAGACGGCUGGCACUCACACGCGCAUCACCACAAUAAUGCCGUGUUCUAUGACGAACAUGAAAUGCAUCUUCCCAGCGGUAGAGUCGCUGGACACCGAAGUUUGAGGAAAUAUUACCGGCAAAAUCUGCAUAAUUACCCUACGGCAGCCGAGCGAAUGGAGCGUGCCCAGAGAUUGAUUGAAGAGGGAAGCUCAGAAGACGCGGAAAUGGACGACGUCGAUCUUCCGGCGACCCCUCCUCGAAACAGUCUCAUGAGACGGGGUGAGGCUGGUAUGCUUGGUGCCACGAGCCAGCAGAGACGAGACGUCCGCUCAGAAGAGAUUAGAGCCAGACAAAAAGAGAGACGGGCACAGAACCGGUACCAGGCCAAGCUGGAGAAGCAGGCCAACAGUCAAAAGCACUACAGGGAUCCACUAUUGCAGUGA